GCAACACUGGCAAUGAAUUUUGGAACGCAGUCCGUAUUUAAAGCAUGUGUACGUAAUUUAAAAGUAACAAGUUAUUAUUCAGUAGAUUUUGCAUUGUAUUGUGUUUAUAGCGUCGUUGAUAUUGCUCGUAAUUCUUCAAGGUACAAAAAAUAAUAAAUAUUAAUAACUUUAUAUUAAAAGCAAGAAAGAAAGAAACACUUAAUUUGAGCGUAAAGUAGAAGAAAGAGUGAACGAGUAAGGAAAGAAAGAUAUAAAAGAGAGAUUAACCUUACAGCUUGGAAUGUACAGUGUGUCCGAAAGAAUAUGUGGAUCUUGAAGUUGGUGUAUGCUAAUGAUAAGAAGUUCAUCGAGGUUCAUCCCUGUUUAAAUUCAGCGAACCAUUAUAUAGAGAAUUGGCAAGGCAAUUCAUAUCAAAAGGAUUAUCCAAAGGUGUACUUUUUACUUCAAGUAUGCCAUUAUCUUACGGCAGACUAGAUUAUUGAAAUAAAUAAAAAGCGUGAAAUCUUAUCUGAAACAAUUACAACAAAGUAUACAGAUUAAUCGUAUACUUAUAGUCAUUUAACUAAAGUGCUGAUAAUGUGGUCACAGGCUGUAAUAUAAGAGAUAUGUUUAUGGAUGUCAAGGAUCAUCUGUAUGUCUUAGUCAUUUAGUAACUAUUAUGUAUUCUAUGCCAGCCGGAUAUACGCCACAGAAAUAUACUGAUAAAGCUCUUAGUUACAUCAAAAACUAAAAAACAAUAAGCAAUGGAUUAUUAUAAAUGGAAUAAUAUAGAAACUGAUGAUAAUUCAGGGUGGAAUAAAAUGCAUAUGUGAUCGCAAGAUAGUUCAUUAUAAUGCUAAUUGUGCACGACAAAAAGAAGGAACGAACUGAACAGUAAUCGCAACAUAACUAAACGCGACUCAACGCAACUGAGACCAUUACAGUUUUCAGACUUUUGCAACGCAAUAACAAUUAUUUAUCAGUAGAAUGAAUGGGACUCUAAAGAGAUUGCUGCGAUUAUAUCCAAUAGCGCGCAAUUGGACAGUUCUAUCAAAUUAUAUAGUGCCAUUGCAAUCAAUACAGAAAAUAACACGAGCUUACACUACUAGUUUAACAGAUCACACACAGAUAGAGAAUUGUAUAUCAUCGAUGGAAAGAAACGAUGUAACUAUUGAUAUUAAGCCAGCGUAUAAAUGUGUGGAAAUUUUAGAAAAAGCAGCAAAGAAUUAUACAGACAUGACGCUACACGAUGCAAUCGACACGAUAUUUAUAUUAUAUAAAGCUUCCAAAAACAUGGAGGAUGUACAGAUUAUCAAGCAGCACAGUGGCUUCGUACACUUGUGCGAAGUAUUAAACAAAAAUAUUAGACUCAUGAAAAUCAACGAGAUUAUCAGCAGUCUGAAAAUGUUAAGACCUUUUAAAAUGCCAACUAACUGCAUUCUGAUUCAGUCGCUACUACAAAUAAUUCGUGUGAACAUAAAUGAACUAUCUAUUCAGGAUAUAAUUAAUAUUACUGCGUUAUUAAAGAGAAUGGACAAUACGCCAUUGAGGGAUGCUCUGUUGAUUGCUCUGCCCAUUGUAUUCGAAGCGCAGCUACCCACAAAAUUGGAUUUAGACAAUAUUUUUAUAUUGAAGAAAUCAUUAAGAUUUAUAAGCGAAAAUAAUAUUAACAAUCCGGAAGUUCAAAAUACGAUACUCAAGUCGAUACACAAAUUUGAAAAUACUUUAAACGUACAAACGGCUUGGUCUAUUUUUUGCAGCUUAUGCAUCUCUUCCCAUUUGUCUCCUCUAGCUUUUGAAUUACUAUUUAAUAUUCAAAAGAUUUUAAUAAAGGACGCAAAACAGUUGAGUGUUUUAGACAUAAUAAUGGUGCUGCAUAGACUGGUGCUCGUUACUGAAAGGAACGAAAAAUACGGAUGCAAGUUCUACAAUGAAGCACUGGUGGAUGCUUUUGUCAAUUCAGCACUGUCUGCAGAAAUUUCUUUCAACAACAGUAUUAACCUACUGAAACUUUUGAAUGACUUGAAUUAUGCGCACAUACCUUUCCUGGAAUAUUUAGCAGCAAAGUGCUUUGAGCACCCAAAUUUGUUAAAAGAUGCAUCGUAUUUUAAGAUAUCUAUUUUUCUAGAAGGAUUAAUUAACGCUGACUACAAACCAGUAUUUUGGGACGUUAUACGUGAUGCAAUAUUAGCGAACAAAGUGGAAAAAGUUUUCAACAAAUCUAUAAUUAAGUUUGUCUUACACUUGAUUGCAUUGGAUUGUUACAGUCCGACUUUAAUCAGCCAAGUCUUUUCCCAGAUUAUAAAAGUUAAUGAAUCGAUGAAGAAUAUUAUCAUAAGAGAAUUGUUACUUUUAUAUCAAAGUGUCAAGACGUUAUAUCCUAUGUACACUGGACCUUGGCCAUCACAGGAUAUACUCGAUCACGCUAUAAGCAUACACAAGACAUUGCUUAAUCCAAUACUUCCCACGUCAUCUUUAAAAACGACAUUAGAACAGGCAUUGGGCGGCCCUCAAUAUGUUCACAAUGACUUGAGGACAAAACUUGGACAUUACAUUGAUCACGUUAUUGUAAUGAGGAAAGGUGGAUAUUCCAUUGCAAUUAAUACAGAUACAUCUAAUAGACCUAAUAUAACAUACAUUGAGGAUAUACAGACUCCAAGCGAAAGUCAGAUGAUACUUAUCUUCAAUUUACCUGACGCUGCAUACGCUGUGAAUUCUCAAAGAAUAAAAAGUACAUGGUUAUUAAAAAUAAAAUCUGCGGAGGCGUUAACAAAAAGCAAUGCGAUUACAAUAAACUCUAGCUCGUGGAUGAAAUUAACUGAGUACGAAAGACUUCUUUAUUUAGUGCGAGCGAUAAGACUAAAGUGCGAGGAUGACUCAUUUUUAACAAAAUAAAAUAUUUUCUAAUUAGUUAUAAAAAACAUGUUAUGUAGGAUUUUCUGUCAGGAACAUUCUGAAUAAUGUUGAACAAUACACUUUAAAUAACAUAUUAACUACUGAUGUAUAGUUAUAAAUAAAAAUAAUUGAAAUAUACAUGUAACAAAAUAAUUCAUUUAUUUGUUUAUGAAGAAAUGAAGAGUAUACAAUUAAGAUAAUAUGUAAAUAAAAUAAUUUAUGCAAAAA